AUGUCAGUCGCAUCUAACCCAUAUGGUCCUAACCCAUCGGACUUUCUUUCCAACGUCAACAAAUUCGAAGUUAUUGAAAGUACAUUGAGAGAAGGUGAACAAUUUGCCAAUGCCUUCUUCUCCACUGAAAAAAAGAUCGAAAUCGCCAAAGCUUUGGAUGAUUUCGGUGUUGAUUACAUUGAGUUGACCUCGCCAGUUGCUUCCGAGCAGAGUAGAAGGGACUGUGAAGCUAUUUGUAAAUUGGGAUUGAAAGCCAAAAUAUUGACCCAUAUUAGAUGCCACAUGGAUGAUGCCAGAGUUGCCGUGGAGACUGGUGUUGAUGGUGUUGAUGUUGUCAUUGGAACAUCACAGUUUCUUAGAAAAUACAGUCACGGUAAAGACAUGAACUAUAUUGCUCAAAGUGCUAUUGAAGUUAUUGAGUUUGUUAAAUCAAAAGGCAUUGAAAUUAGAUUCUCAAGUGAGGAUAGUUUCAGAUCAGAUAUUGUUGAUUUGUUGAACAUUUAUCGUACUGUGGACAAGAUUGGUGUCAAUAGAGUUGGUAUUGCUGACACUGUUGGUUGUGCCAACCCUAGACAAGUUUACGAAUUGGUCAAGACUUUGAAAUCAGUGGUGUCUUGUGACAUUGAAUGUCAUUUCCAUAACGAUACUGGAUGUGCUAUUGCUAAUGCAUACACUGCCUUGGAAGCCGGUGCCAAAUUGAUUGAUGUUUCAGUAUUGGGUAUCGGUGAACGUAAUGGUAUUACUCCAUUGGGUGCAUUGAUGGCAAGAAUGAUCACUGCUGAUCGUGACUACGUCUUGUCCAAAUAUAAAUUGCACAAAUUGAGGGAUUUGGAGAACUUGGUUGCUGAUGCCGUACAGGUAAAUAUCCCAUUCAAUAACCCAAUCACUGGGUUCUGUGCAUUCACACACAAAGCAGGUAUCCACGCUAAAGCUAUCUUGGCCAAUCCAUCAACUUACGAAAUCUUGAACCCAAGUGAUUUCGGUUUGACUAGGUAUAUCCAUUUUGCCAACAGAUUGACUGGAUGGAAUGCAAUCAAAUCAAGAGUCGAUCAAUUGAAUUUGAGCUUGAGUGAUGAUCAAGUUAAAGAAGUUACCACCAAGAUUAAAUUGUUGGGUGAUGUAAGACAGUUGAAUAUUGAUGAUGUUGACUCGAUAAUCAAAGACUUUCAUCAAGAACAAACUACUCCUGCCUUGAAACCAACCGAAAAUGGCAAACCAGUUGCAUCUGUCGAAGAAGAGGCAAAAGAAGAGUCGGAACCAAAAAGGCAAAAAGUUUAA